GCAGCUUCGGUCGGACAUCCUCGUACUCUUGUCUCCCUGCAAUUAGCCGAGAAAGAGAGAGAGAGGGAGAAGCACAGAACCAGAGAGAGAGAUGGAGAAGGAGAAGCGGAGGAUUGCGAUAGCACUGGUCAAGCUCAACCUGCUGUGUCUCCUCGCCGCCGCUGGCGCCAUCGAGUCUCCGCGGUACACCAUCGUUCACGCCGAGUCCGAUUUCGAGGUCAGGCUCUAUGGAAACUCCACGUGGAUGGCAGCACCCGUCAGAGACCUCUCCUUCGAGAAGGCCACCUUGAACGGCUUCCACAGGUUGUUCCAAUUCAUCGAAGGGGCCAACCUGAAUUACUCUCGGAUUCCGAUGACCCUUCCUGUCGUAACAAGCAUAGUUCCGGGAGCAGGGCCCCUUCACUCAUCGGCCUACGCCGUCCUGUUCUACCUGCCCGCAAAGUUCCAAGCCACCCCGCCGACUCCCCUCCCCGAGCUUCACUUGAAGCCCUUCAACUGGACUAGCCAUUGCGUAGCCGCCAGGAAGUUCCCGGGGUUCGCCAAGGAUGAGAAUAUAGUGCACGAGGCGGAGCAGCUCGCCUUCAGCCUGAGCAGGUCCACGUGGGCUAAUGCUACUUCAGCGAAGAGCGGCUAUGCUUACUCCAUUGCUCAAUAUAGUGCUCCCUUCCAGCUCAUUGGCCGCGUUAAUGAAGUUUGGGUCGAUGUCGAUGCUUCGAACUGCACUUCCAGUGGAAUAGCUGCGUACUGAACUGCUAGUAGUGAUUGAUAUCGCUCCCAUCCGAUCUAUUAGAACUUCUGAUUCCGUAUCUGUAUGUACGUACUAGAAUAUAAUGUUCACUAGACAUAAUAUAUGCAACAUCUGUAUAAUGUCCGGGUUAGUAUGUGUUGUGUUUCCACUCUAAAACUCGAGCACAUGAAUAUGGUUACAUGUUUUCCUAUGGCA